ACGCCUCCUGGCGUGAUGGAGCACAGCAGCAGUCAACACUACUUUACAUCGGGUGGUAUUACAAAACAAAUCUUGAACUCGGGGAAUUCAUGGACAUUCGUUUUACCAUCGAAAACCUACGAGAUGGGGAAUAGACUGAGAAAAGGCGGUGCAAUGGGGAGGCACCAUGGAAGAGGAAAAAUUUAUAUCAUGAAAAGCGGAUCAAGAACAUACAAAAUAGGAUGUUCUAAAGAUCCGAACAGGAGAUUGAGAGAAAUUAAAAGACAAAAACCAAGGGCCAAACUUUAUAAAACAUUUAAGGCUAGAGAGAUGAAUAGGGCGGAGUCAGCUGCCCAGAGAGCCAACCUCAGGAUGGGAAGCAAAAAGGCAAAGAAGGGUCCCACGGAUUGGUUCACCAAAGAGAGGAGAAAACCGUGGAAAGAUGUGGCUAAAACAACAGCAAAUGCCGUUUAUCGCCAUAACAGGAUUAUGAAAACUCGAAGAUCAGGGAGAAGGUGAAAAAAAGCCAAUAUACACAAGGAAUACUAUUAACCAGAGCACCCCAGUCCAUUACAAUGUAUACAACUUCCGGAUUGGACACGUGUAAUGUUAAAAUGUGUACAUUUCAUCAUCCUGAACAAUCUUUCAGCAUGUCUUAUGUUAUGGAAUCUUUCUACAGUAUGUUAAAAGCGCUAAUAAAAAGAGAAUCUUU